AUGUGGAAUCAAAGACUGUCCAGGUCUUCAAAUAUACGAUCUCAUUCAUUCUAUCACCGCCACCAUACCACAAAGACACGACCGAAGCAAUUCCCUGCAUUGCCUCCUCCAUCAUCAUCAUCAUUAUUAUCCGUAAAGCCUGUCACUACCACCACCACUAACACCACUCACGUCAUCGGUCCCAGACACAAAAUCCCCUUCUCCACUUCUCCCUACCACCACUACUGCAAGCACAUCAAUAACCAGAGCUCUCCAACGAAAUCCACAUUUACAUCAGCAUCACCAUCUUCCCCACCAUCAACAACAAACAUGUCCUCCGAUGACGCCUACACAGCCUUCCUCGACAAGGCAAAUGAAGACCCCUCCAAGGGAAUUACUUCAAGCAAAAAGCAAGAGCAUAUACAAACAACCACAGUGUCCUCUUCCCAGCGCAUCCCAACUGUCCUCAGCGAUGUGGAUAUGUACUACAUCUCCGACACAGACGAGGCAUUCGAGGGUGUUGCGCUGGACUGGAGCGGGGCGGCGGAGGGACGGUGGCCGACCCCUGACCAAUUCAAAUCCCUCAUCCUCCCAAAUCUAUCCACAGAAGCAGCUAGAGACGUGCAAAUAACCAUCCUUACACCCGCAUCCUUCGAUCCGAAAAACCAAUAUGCCGACGUCCUGCACGCGGUCAGGACAGCGGUGGCGGGUGGCAAUCCGCGGGAUGCAGAAGCUGCGGAGGUGAAGGUGUAUCAGGUGCAGAUGGAUGAGACCAGAGCCGAGUACUGGGUGCUUGCACUGGAACGUGGGAACGGAAAGGGGAGAAUUGUGGGGCUGAAGGCAAAGGCAGUUGAAAGUUAG